UCAGGCAGCCCCAUUUCGAAAAGCAACACUACAUCAAGCUCAGCGCUUUGCUCAUUGAUGGCUUCCAAGCAGGUUCUUGCACUGCUUCUUUUCUCGGCCGUUUCUCUGCUGCCAUUUGCCAUGGGAGCAGAUAUCGUAGUUGGCGAUGGCAACGGUUGGAUGCCAGAUUUCAACUACACAGAUUGGGCAGCGACCAAAUCGUUCGCGGUUGGAGACAAUUUAGUUUUCGUGUACAGUGGAGGGGAUCACAAUGUCAUCCCUGUCGGAGGAGUAGAAUUCAAGGCAUGCAAUGGAACAGGAGCUGGCAGAGUGUUUACCAGUGGCCGCGACGUGAUACCUCUUAAGACAACAGGGAGGAAAUGGUACCUCUGUGGAAUUGCAGACCAUUGCCAAAGAGGUCAGAAGCUAGUCAUCAACGUUCUUCCGGCCACGAGCCCUGCGCCUGCUCUGCCGCCGACUUCGUCGUCGACCCCAAUCAUGAAACACACAUUCCAGGCGGCGAUGGUGAUAGCGGUGGUGAUUGCGAUGAUGAACUGAAGAUGAAUUCAUUCGUUGAUUUGGUUUUUGUUGGGUCAGUGUGUUUGAUGUUGUGUCUGUGGUGUUGUCCUGCCGUUGCUCUUUAAAAUUAGGAGAGAAAUGAGAGGUAGUUCCAAGUAAGAAGUUGAAAUAUUCGAAUGUGUUUGUUUGUAUUGGGUUUAUUCUUUUGCAUCUUACAAUGAACUCGAAAAAUUCAUUAUC